AGCAGCGUUGAUUGACGGCCGUUGAAUUAUCCUCGGAAGCCAUGGUAGUGGGACUAGUGGUGUCCAGAAUCGAAGAAGUGAAUAAAGUUAGACAAGCCGUUUUAUAUGUUUCUGUAGUUGUUGUUUUUUUUUAUUUAUUUAAUUGGGUCUUAGGGUUUCAUAGAAGAAGAAGAAGAAGAAGAAGAAGAAGAUGGGUUGGGGCCACCCGCAAAUAUCACUGGACGAUCUGAUGAAACUGAUAAAGGGGUUCGUAGAUAUACUGAUUCUGACAUCUGGGUAUCAAUCCUCUGGUCGUCCUGCUCAUUGGGAUCCUACUAACAUCAGCAAAGCUUUCCAAUGGGCUCUCUUCUUUGAAAAUGUUUUGAGUACUUUGAGCAGCUUGGAGGUUUACCAGGACUCUUUGAAUGAACUUGAUAUGGCUCUGUCUAAAAUCACAUCUGCUGCUUCUUUCCCUCAGUUAUGUCUGAAAAAAAAUCAGGGCCUUGCACAUCUAUCAUCUGAAACUCUUACUAGGGCAAGAGGGUUUUUGAUGGACCAUUUCAUCCAUACUUUACCAUUGAGGGACUCACACCUCAGAGAUUUUCUUAUGGCAACAAUCCAAAUGGACCUUGACGAGCUCUCAGGAACUGAGCACGAUCGCCUCAGUGCAUAUCUGAGCAAGCUGAAGCUGCAACAUAAAUCAACUUACUCAGUUCAGAAUGGGGGGUUUUCUAGUGAAGAUUCGAUACCAUCUCUAGACUUUUUCUUGGUUAAGGAGGCAGAAGAAUGCGACGGCACUAGUUUCACAAAGUAUGCGGUUCAAAAGAUUCUGAAGAGGUGGUCUGCGGUGUCGGAUAUAUCCACAAUUGAGAAAAGCUUAAAGCCCAUCUCUGACACUAUCAUAUGUAGCAGUUGGAAGGAGCUUGAUGACAAAUUAUUUAAGGAACAACUGAAGCAGAAUGACGCUCCUAUGAUUGUAGAUCAGUUGGUUGGUUUUAUGAAAUGGAACCACUGGAAAUCGAAGAAUCUUUCUUACUUUCUUGACAAGAGGGCUAUUCAAAUGGUUUCGGGUGCCAGCAUGAUAUUUUCUGCUCCAAAGGUUCAGUGGGUACAAGUUCUUGACCGGCUGAUUGUUUCAGCAGAAAGUAGUGAUGAUAAUUUGCGUGACACAAUUGAGCUCUUGCUACUUGGGUGCAUUGCAAGCAGGUGGACGAAUCUAAUUGAACAUUUGAUGUCGGUUUCUUACAAUUCCAUUGCAACUUCAGAGCAAUAUCAUGAAGUGUGCAAGUUACUUCGUGGGAAGCCUCACAAUUUUGAGUCUAAAGAAGAAACGAGUUCAAAGGAAAAUGACAUUGUUGACUAUUUGACUGAAAAAUUGGGCGGUCAGCUGCAUCCAUUGUGGAACAUAUCACCAGCUCUUGCUGCAGUUUCAAUUCCAUCCCGGUCGCCUUUGUUCAGGUUUUAUUUGAGCGAAUUGGAGAUUCAAUUAAGAGGAGAUUUUUCAAAGAUGAGAUGCUGCAGUUGUAAUCAAGAUCGGAAGGAGCAUAAUGACUGUGAAUUGGCUGAGAGAAUUUGGUGUCUCUAUAUUUUUCAUGUUUAUUGGGCUCAUCAAAUACAUGGCCCCAAUAUCGCUUGAUGGUAUUCAGAUGAUCUGCCACAUUACAUUUUCUCUGCAUGAUUAAAGCCUGGUCAAACUUGUUUCAUUUUCAGGUAACUAAUGGGGCAAACUUUUUUGACACAUAAGAACAUGCCUCGAUCUCAUCAUUCUUCAUUGACACUUCCAGGAAAGUUUCAAUCCUUGAGUGAAAGAGAAGGAAACCGAAAGAAAAAAAUAUGAACCGCAAGCAACUUUUAGGAGAAGAAUAUUGGGCUUGGAAAGUGCUGUGUCAUCACGAUUGACAUUGCAUCACUAGAGGGCAGGUGGGGCCUACGUGACUGGGAAUGGUAUCAAAACAAAAGUGGUAUAUAUGACUGUGGAAAAGCACUAUUAUUGAUCAUGAUAAUGUUCUUUUUUUAAAUCUCCUGCAAAUGGGAAAGUGACAUCUGAAAUACAUGAGGCUCUUCUAGUGGGAUAGAGCCAUCUACACAUCUUAUAAAACUAAAGCUUUCAUUGUGCUUUUAUGCUUCCACUACAAGAUCUUUCCGAAACAACAGCAAAAAAGUUCAAAAUGAAGACGUCAAGCUUGUCGGGUAUGCGGAAAAUCCAGUCGAACUUUGGGAAGAGAAUUUCCAGCAAUGGUUACGAAGCCGCGGUUGUUAGUGUUCAAAGUAGAGUUUCAUUGAGCUGCUUCUGCUGCAAGGUGCCUUGUCUUUUAAGGCAGAUUUGGAAGUUCAAGUCACACUGCAAGAGAGUUUUGGCACGGCAAAGAAGCGGUGUUCAGUACAACUAUGAUCUUCGCAGCUAUGCUCUCAACUUUGAUGAUGGUUUUUUGUGAAGGCACAUCUCUCCUUCGUUUCAUGUUUUUCAAUGAUCGUUUCUUUUCUUUGAACCGUCUAAAUAAGCAAACAGAUCAUUCUUUUGUUAUGGUUUGUUUCAGAGCCCAUUUUUAGGCAUGUAUUCAUAAAAGGGCGUUCGUCCAAUAUUUGUAUAUAUGUGAAUCACUUCUAUGUCGUUAUCCACCAUGAUUAGCAAUCUACUUGGGUUUCCUACAACGUGAACUAGUAUUGAUCAUCUCCAGUAAAUAUGUUUUUUGAGUCUGUGAUUUGU